GCGCGACCACUGCGGAUUCGAACAAGCGCGCAUAUCUGGACAUGAUCAAGCUCGGUGGAAAGCCCGAGAUCGGCCAGCUUCCGCAACUCAAAGUCAAGUACGGAGAUGCAGCGAGGAUUGUGCUUCUGCUCAUUGUAGACGGCGCGGUGCCUGACGCAACCCAGUGGGAUUUCACAGGCAGAAUCGAUUGUGCCUGUGAGUUCGACAAGGGGGACCAUUUUGUCUCGUAUUAUAUCCAG